AAGCAAAAAGCAGGCGCGAGCCCGCUAACAUUUUUGUUUUUGGGUUCUAAAUUUUUGAAACCCCGCUUGUUCUCCCCGCUUCUUCUCCCCGCCCUACUCAGAUUUCAUUUGCCUUUGUCACUCCUACAACUAACCCAAUUUCUCCGAUCCCAUCUCUCUUUCUCUUUUCUACGCGUUUUCACUCCCCCUUCCUUCCCCUGCUACUACUACUGAUUCCCUUCUUUCUUCCUGCUACUCUUUCUAGGGUUUCUACCCAUUUUUCAAUCCCUUCGACUUCCCCCCCUCUACUCUUCUCUCCCAACAAUUCCAGGUUUUCUCCUCUCUAACUUCCAUGGCCUCUGAGAACCCAGAAGACAACAAAGCAGAGGACGAAGCUCCUGUCGAGGAGAAAAAGCAAGAGAGCAAGGACGGAGAUACUUCCGAAGGCCUAAAGCCGGAAAAAGAAGCCUCUGCCAUAGCUGAGAAAGAAGAAGCUAUAAGCGCUGAGCGCGGUCCUGAAGAGGUAAAUGGCGAUGCUGAAGUAGAAAAGAGUAAGGAGGAUGAGGAGCAGAAAGGUAAGCCGGAAAUUCAAGAACUAGGUGAUGAACAGGGCACUGCUGCAAAUGACGAACCCGAAGAUGAAAAUUAUGACAAGAAAGGGGAAGACAGCGCAGAGGAGGAAGAUGAAGGAGACAACGAGGUUGAAACUGAAGGUGAAGGUGAAAGCGAAGAAAGAAAAAAAACGAAGAAGGGAUCAAAGGCAGAAGCUAAAAAGGGUAGAAGGGUGUCUGCGAAAUCAAGGAAAAAUUCUGCAGAGAAGAAAGGAAAAGACGACUCUAGUUUGAAGGAGCCGGUCACGCCAAUCAUUGAGAGGCCAGCCAGGGAAAGAAAGACAGUUGAGCGGUUCUCCGUGCCAUCACCAGGCAGGUUGGGGAGGUCUUCCGCAAGCAAAACGCUCUCAAUUGAGAAGGGCCGCGGCACUACUCUCAAGGAUAUUCCAAAUGUGGCUUUCAAACUAUCAAAGAGAAAAGCUGACGACAAUCUGCAACUACUUCAUACAAUUCUGUUCGGAAAAAAAGCUAAGGCUCAAACCUUGAAGAGGAAUAUAAGCCAGUUUUCGGGUUAUGUUUGGGUUGAAAAUGAGGAAAAACAAAGAUCAAAGGUGAAGGAGAAGCUCGAAAAGUGCUUCAAAGAAAAAUUGGUGGAUUUUUGUGAUGUGCUAAAUAUCCCAAUAAACAAGACCACUGUAAAAAAGGAGGAACUUUCAGCAAAGUUAUUAGAAUUUUUGGAGUCACCACAUGCUACAACUGAUGUUUUGCUUGCUGACAAGGAUCAGAAAGGCAAAAAGAGACGGAGGGCCAGUUCAGGCAAGACAGUUGGUUCUGGGGAAUCUGCAGAAGUGCCCGCUAAGAAACAAAAAUCUCAGCCUACAAAGAAGAGAAAACAUACGCCUGAAAUGGAGGAAGAAGAGGAUGAUAAAGUUGAAACCUCAAACGAGAAGGAUGGUCCUCAUGAUGGGGAUGGUGAUGUGACUGUAUCGAAAGAAGAGAUUGAUGAAAAAGACAAGUCAGAUGAGGAUGAUAAGACACCAGAGAAAAUGGCUAGUCCAAAGAAGUCAUCUAAGAAGGCUGGAAGAGAUGGUUCUGGGUCUAAAUCUGUUGAAAAAGCUUCUUCUACAAAGAAAUCUGCUGCAAAAUCUGCUACAAAAUCAACAAAAAAAUCACCUAAUUUGACUUCAAACAAAGUUGAUGCUGGCAAAUCUGCUGUCUCUCCAUCAAAGCCGAAGGCCACAUCAAAAAAGCAGAAAGUUGAGGAAAAGAAGCCUGUAAAGGAAAAAUCUUCGGGCAAGAAACAAACAAGCAAGGCCCCUGCAAAGGUUUUGGUUGAAGAACGCGGCAAGGGAAAAAAUAGCAAGAAAGUUAAGAAAGAACCCAGCAGAGAGGAGAUGCAUGAAGUUGUAGUUAAUAUUCUGAAGCAAGUUGAUUUCAAUACCGCAACUUUGUCUGACAUUCUCAGGCAACUUGGUACCCACUUUGGUGUGGAUUUAAUGCAUAGGAAAGCAGAGGUGAAGGAUAUUAUCACAGAUGUGAUAAAUAACAUGAGUGAUGAAGAAGAGGAAGCUGAUGAUGAUGGUGGUGAGGAUACGGAUAAAGAGGAGGACAAAGAUGAGGAUGCUUAACUUGUUUAAUAAAUCCAUACUUUUCCGUAGCCCUGACCGAAGAUCAUAGAACGCAAUCCUGAAUGAUCAUCUCUUCAUGAUCUCAAUCAGCGGUUUGAUUGUUGAAGUACAUGUCUAGAUAUCUCUGGCUCGGUCUGUAUAAUGUAUCUUAUAGAUUUAAGAUUUUUAGUAACUUGUUAGCCUAGACCCAUUUUUUCCCUUCCCCCGCAAACUAAUUGUAUUUUAGUCCUCUCCCUAGACAAGUAGCUAGUUGAUUACAUCUUAUCGAUGGAAUGAGGUUUAAAAUAUUAGAAUGCAGAGAUGAUUGUGGCGAAUUCCUACAUCUUGGUUGCGCUCUAUCAUCGUACAAUUGGCUUU